UUUUAGUUCCAAACAAACCUAGUCUCGUAAUUUAGAUCAUGGCAAAAUCAGUAGAGUCAUGACGUGAGGGCUUGACAUCGGAAGAUAUAAAACCUGGUGGUAUCGCUCUUUAAAAACUAAAAUGCAAUAUUCCGUCGUGGUCGUAUAGCUUAUAAUCGCAUACAAUUGGUGCGAACUCUGUCGCAUGCUCUGGUUCAAGACGCGAGCUGGAGCACCCAGGAGAUCGGGAAAAUGGACGACCAACCUGGUUCCCUGAAAUCUUCAAUCCCAGGGUCUCGGAAAGUCAAUAUUGAGAAGGGAAGUUGGAUGGUCUCGCCGUCUUAUUUAUUCUAUCACUUUGGUACAAGCGGACUAUCAGUUGCUGUGGCCACCGGUGUUACCCAUCCUCUAGACGUACUCAAAGUUAGGCUGCAAAUGCAACUUGUUGGCCAGAGAGGUCCUUUGACAGGAAUGGGAAAGUUAUUUUUUCAAGUAUUGAAGAAUGAAGGAACAAGGUCUAUGUAUCUAGGACUGGCACCGGCAUUGACAAGGUCAGUUCUUUAUGGUGGUCUUCGUUUAGGCUUGUAUGAACCCUCAAAGAAUGUUUGCAAUUGGGCUUUUGGUUCCACCAAUAUCUUGGUCAAGAUUGCAUCUGGAGCAUUUUCUGGUGGCAUUGCAACUGCACUGACCAAUCCAGUUGAGGUUCUAAAGGUACGGCUACAAAUGAAUCCAAACUUGAGAAGAGGACCAAUUGGAGAAUUGCAAAGAAUUAUUUCUGAAGAGGGAAUUCGAGCUCUAUGGAAGGGAGUUGGUCCUGCUAUGUCCAGGGCUGCUGCUUUGACUGCAUCACAGCUGGCAACAUAUGAUGAAUCCAAGCGGAUUUUGAUCAGUCGAACACCUCUUGAAGAAGGAUUUCCUCUUCAUCUCAUUGCAAGUAUGGUUGCAGGCACCGUGAGUACUUUUAUAACCGCACCCAUGGACAUGAUUAAAACUCGUCUCAUGCUGCAACGGGAAUCGAAAGAAGUUGGGAGCUACAAAACUGGAUUUCAUUGCGCAUAUCAGGUUUUGCUUACUGAAGGUCCUAGGGGUCUUUACAAGGGGGGGCUUGCCAUAUUUGCAAGAUUAGGCCCACAGACUACAAUUACCUUUAUACUCUGUGAGAAGCUACGCACGCUUGCUGGAUUGAACGCAAUCUAGUCUUGGAGUUGUCUGUUUGCAACUACCAUCAUUUUCUGACUAUCCCUACUUUAUCUCUAGCAUUGUACAACCACUAUCAUUGCCAGCAAGUCCGGAUUAAUUUUCAAGUUUUCAUAUUCAGUUGUGGGGUGACAGGAACCUCAUUCCAUCAUGAAGAUGAUCAAUUGAGGUCAUUUCUUCAUAUUUUACUGUAAUAAUAUUCUUUGCCUGCCGUUCCCACUUUUUUCGCCAGGUCUGCUAAAUCCAGUUGAACAGAAUGCAUGUUCUUCUUGUAUGACUGCCAUGAUUGUAUUUAAUAAAACCAUUUGUGGCUUAUCUUUGAAUA